AUGAGUUCGACUGGCGCCCCGUUUCCCAAACGACAUCGUUUGCGCUUCUACCGCUCCAAGACCGGCUGCCUCACUUGCCGACGUCGACGGAAGAAGUGUGACGAAUCCGUUCCUUGUAAUGCUUGCGUGAGCAGGGAACUAGAAUGUGUCUGGCCAGAGAUCCAGCUCAACCGAGACACAGCAGGAAUCUUGUCAAAUUCGCCUUCUUCCUCUCCCUCUACAGGCCCCAACCCACCCCGAUCUCUCCACAACUGCGCCAUUGCUGAUCAGGAGGCAUCCGAGCUCACAAAUGAAGACCUAGCACUCAUAUCCAGAGCAAAGUCUAACUCGAGCUUGAACACAGAUGGUCUCGUAACCUCGAAUGCCUUGACACCGCCCACUUUACCUGGCAAGGUAGCCAGCUGGCAGCUAAGGACGCUCAGUGCAAGUCCUUUUCGACCGGAAGCUAUGCCUCCAACUUCGCAGUUGAUCCUUCACUAUUACUUGCAAGAAGGCGCAGCGAAGCUCUCUCCCAAGCCAAUGCAGUCCAACCCAUUCAUUACACAGGUUCUCCCACGUGCGGCAUGCGAUGAGACUCUAAUGCAUGCCGUCUUGGCUCUGGGAGGUGCUUUGUUGGAUCUGAAAUACGACAAAUCUAAUCCAAUUCUCCAAACUGCGUGGGGCCACUAUGCUCAAGUCCUAGGUGACCUUCGCCACACCUUUCAGAACCUAUCCACCAAUCCGUGCCGACAGUAUCUUCGCCUCCUUCUCAUUCUCGUGAUCCUUGCCCACGCCGAGGCCAUAUCUGGUAAUUCCCAAGGCUCGAUAUUCUCACAUUUACGCGCCAGUCGCCAAUUGAUGUUAAAGUUCAUCUCGGAGGGCAGAGACAAGGGAACUGCUGGUGACAAAGCUAUCGAAGGCUUCGUCCUCGAGCUUUAUGCCUACUUGGCUCUCGUUGCCAACAUCACCCCCUACGCUCUCGACGAUCAACGGACUAUACCGCUUGAUCCCGUUCUUUUAUCCCUGGGCUUCCUUCAGGACUACGAGGAUUUCGGCGCCGUUCUGAGCUGCGGACCGUCGCUUUUCGAAAAAAUAGCAACCAUCUCGGUCCUUGCACGUCAGCGAUUAUCAGAAGAUGCAACGAUGGGUCAAUGCUCCAUAGAAAGCAUACAGAUGUAUCAGGGUCUUCUCCAAGAAUUACUCUGUUGGACCUCGCCCCCGCCGAGCUCAGAUACGGAAAAUUACGUCGUCGCGCAUCGGUGUACCGGUGAAACUUAUCGAUACUCAUUGCUUGUCUAUCUCAAGUCUUCUAUGUAUGGAGCUUCCGUCAAGGACAACCCGGAAAUCCUCCUCGAGAUACAAGGCCACAUCAACAUCGUGUGGCAGUUUCUUCCUACUGUUCUGGCUUCUCCCUUUGGGUCAAUCAUCUUGUGGCCGUCAAUGAUUCUCGGGUCGUGUCUCACGAACCCUGCUCAGCGCAAUGACCUGUGUAGCUUCUUACGUGCUCCGAGAUGGCAUUUAAGAGUCACUGAGGCAUGCAUCACGAUGUUGAAACUGCUUUGGGAAGACCCGGAUGACCGGGCGUAUGGUCCCUUUGGGUUGUAUCUGGUUAUGAAGAAGCACGGCAUCAAUUUUUGCAUGGUCUGA